GACUCCUUUCCUGUUUACAGCAAAAAAACUAGUUGAUUCCUCUCCAUUUCAACAAAGAUGAAGAAACUUUUGCUAGCAUUGACCGUGAUUGGGUACUUACAGUGUUCUUUUGCUCAUUAUGGGACGGAAUUUUUCAUUGGAGCAAUGAGAAACUUCCGUGAACAGACAGAAGACUUCUUAUUGUAUAUUGCAACCCCCUCUCUCUCUUCAGUUUCUUAUACAGUUGCAAACAAUACUGGUAUAAUCACUAGCGGAGUAGUUUCAAAGGAAUCUCCUGCUAUUGUAGAAUUACCCAUUGCUCUUGUUACUAAUGAUGAUGAGUAUGCCAGUCGGUUCAAUGGUGUGUAUCUUAAUGCCACUAAUGGAGGAGAGCUCUCUGUCAUUGUUGUUAAUCAUCGUCCUUAUACUCUAGGGGACUAUUUAGCCUAUCCUUAUCAUGACUUUCAAGUCUCUCAAUACCAGUAUUAUGCUGUAUCAACAGAGUUUGAAGGUGAUAACAUUUUAUUAAGUGAAAUUCUUCUAGUUGGGAACGAGAAUAAUACAACUGUCACUAUUAUCCCAACUCAGACUAUAAUGGUUCCCAUGGACUUUCAAAAUGCCACAAGUGAGAGUAUAACAAUUGCUGCUGGGUCCGUGUACACAUUCACAAUUCAUAGACUGCAAACCUUCCUUUUUGGAAUUCCAGAACUUGACAUGAGUGGUACUAGUAUUGUAUCUGAUAAACCUCUUACAGUACUCAGUGGUCAUGAAUGUGUCUAUAUUCCUUCAACAGAGUGUUGCUGUGAUCACAUCAUUGAACAGAUACCUCCUACAAUAACAUGGGGAAAAAAUUUCCUCCUAACUCCUUUUGCUGAGCGGAUCAACGGCCCAUUCUACAAGAUCAUAGCAGCUGAAAGUCAAACCACAUUCACAUACACUUGUGCUUUUAAUGACAGCAUAUUCAGCAACACUUCAUAUCUAACACUUGCUGGUGAUUUUAUUACUCUCAGUUCUAAUGCAAGCUCAUACUGUUUCAUUCACUCAGACAAACCAAUUCUAGUGACAAAACUGGGUCCAGGUCGAGAUCCUGUCAGCUCCAUUGGUGACCCAGUCGUAUCAUUAAUCACUCCAAUCGAACAAUACCAGAAUAAUACAGCAAUAUUAAUUCCAUCAUUUUCUCUCAUCUCCAAUAGCUAUAUUAAUAUUGCUACUAGAACAAUAGGUCCAGUGUACAUUGAUGGUCAGGAAGCAGAAGAUGUGACUUGGGAGAAUAUCUAUAACAGCAAUAGCGCCAUUGUUGGCUAUGGGACGCAAAUCUUUUUCAACAGCAGCCUCAACUCAACUACUUAUGUCAUCUCAAUGCAGUCCACUUUUGGUACAAUGGUGUAUGGAUUUGGACAUUCUCAUGGCUAUACCUUUAGUGCUACGACAUAUUUUAAUACACUAGUUCAAAAUCCUUUACAGUUAGAGCCAUGGUAUGGUAAUAUGUUGGGAGGAGUUCCAAUUAUGGUAUCAGGCCCUACCUUUGGGAAACCAACUGAUGACAUUAAACUUUCAUUGGAUAACGUUGAAGUUGUUUGCAGUCAUCUCAAUGCUAAAAAGGCAUUAUGUGUCACUCCUUUUCUCAAUAAAACAGGAAAGGUAAAUGCUGAACUUACUGUCCAAUCGAUCAAACACAAAAGGACAGCUAUAUACUAUUCUAUUCCAUCUGAAGAUGACGUUAAAGUUGAUGUUCCCAAUACAGCAACAGUUUUCAAAGUUGGAAACACUCUCAAUAUUUUAUGGGAACCAACUUCUUUGUCAGGUGAUGCCAACUCUAAGGUUGAUAUUAGUAUGCAUGAGGUGUCUAAUACGUCUAAUGGUACUUUCGUGCAUAAUCAACUCAUUGUUCUAGCUACUAAUAUAGCCAACAGUGGUCAUGCAACUGUUAAUAUAUCAACUACACAGCUACUCUCUGCCCUUAGCUCAGUCAGUGCAGUCAAUAUUUUUGUAAAACUUAGAAAAGAUGUGCAACAACCUGCUGUUAUUGAUACCGUACUUAAUAAAAUUGGACUCUGGUCAAGAAAGCUGCAUGUGUCUUUUAAUGAAACACUGUCUGCAAUACUUUACCAAAAGUGCCUCAACUGGGCUAGUAACGAGCCAGCUACUAUUGGCCCAGUUCUUCUUGCUAGUGUGACAGCUACAGCUCCUUGUCCCCCUACAGUUGAACAGGCAACCCCUGAGCUCAGCCCAGGUCUCAUAGAAGAUACUAACAAGAAAUCCAUUGACACAUUUCAUUCUGGUGCAUCAAGAUGUUUUAGACAAAGAACAGCUACAAAUAUUGGAGCUGGUAAUCAGUGUUGCUAUCGUGCUAGUGGUACUCUGAUAGUAGGGUCCCCUAAUGGUGGUAGUGUUGAUAAGGUAGCACCAACUGGAUCAGGGCUAGACUACAUAAGCAAUGUGUAUGGACACUUUACUGAGGAUGUACUUCCUUACAUUUACUGCUGCACUGGUAUGAAGCGUAACUGCACCAAGUAUUAUGAGAGAAGAACAUCAGAUGAUGGAACAAGUUAUGUAGAUCCUACUCCACCUGGAGGAGGAGUAGGCGAUCCUCAUAUCAUAACACUUGACCUUUAUAAAUAUACUUUCAAUGGAAAGGGUGAGUUUAUACUCAUUGAGACUGAAGACCAGUCCUUCGCACUACAAGGAAGAAUGGAGGAAUCAGUUGAGACAAAUGGUACAACUGUACGUGGAACUGUCUUCACAGCAAUAGUAGCAAAACAGGAAGAGUCUGACAUAGUGCAGUUUGAAAUACAAGAUGGUGUCCUAGUUGCACUGGUCAAUGGCAAGCUGUCGGAUUUUAGUGAAUUAAAGACACAAGAAUUCAGAAAUGUUGUUAUAUAUAAUUCUGACAGUAGUAACAGCACAUUCAGUGCAUACUUCAUUAAUAAUCGGGUUUACAUUAAAGUUCAGGAAAUGAAUGGUUUUAUAGCAGCUCUAACUGUCACAGUACCCAGUCAAUACAGAGGACUCACUCGUGGUUUAAUGGGUAACUAUAAUGGUAAUGACACUGAUGAUCUUAUACCAAGAGGAUUGAAUCAGUCUCUUCCACUCAAUUCAUCAUUACAAACUAUACACGAGGACUUUGGAAUGACAUGGAUUAUUAAAAAUGCUAGGGAUAGUUUGUUUAGCUAUUCAUUUUCUAAAACUCUGGAAACAUAUUAUGAUCCGUCAUACACCCCUACAUAUGAGGCUGUGUUCACUGAUCCUAGUCUGGAGCAGGAAGCAAUCAGGAUUUGUGGUAAUGAUGAGUUUUGUAAGUUUGACAUAGCUGCCACUGGGAGAGUUGAAAUAGGAGAAGCUACAUUCAAUGGUGGACAAGCAAUUGAACAACUAGUGAACCUCUCCAAACCAAUCAUUUGUGUCCCACCUUGUGCUCACGGUGCAUGUGUUGAUACUAAUGUGUGUGCUUGUGGUGAAGGAUAUGAAGGAACUACUUGUAACAUUACAGUGACCAGACCUUGCACUGAGAAUCCAUGCAAUGAUGGCUCCUGUCAAUAUCAUGCUGGUACUUAUAUUUGUACAUGUUUAUCUGGAUUAACUGGUGAAUUCUGUGAAGAAACAAUUAAUACUAGUCCGCCUGGGCCUGAAACUAGUGGUGAUGUUGGCUUAGUUGUUGCAUUAGCCAUUGGGAUUGGACUUCCGUUAAUAAUACUCAUACUAAGUGUUGUUAUUGUGGUUCUGGUUCUUGUAAAAUGUGGAAUACUUCCAAGUUUGGCAAAACGUGAGAAAAGUGAAAAUACUUAUGAUGAACCUAACAAUUUCAAUGAUGAUAUCUAUGAAGAUAUAAAUGACAUUUGAAAGGUUUUUUGCUGUUAAAACUUGCUGACUAUAUAUAUCUAAGUUUUAAACUAUAAAAUCUAUAUAUAUUUGCUUUUUUUAGUUAUUUUGCUUUUUUUAGCUGUUAGCUUGCAUUAUAAUAU